AUGGAAGGCAGCUCGUCGACGUUAGCGUCUGCGGAUGAUGAAUCCACGGCAGAUGGUGCCAAGGGUGGCCGCGGCGGUAAUUUGGCAGCGACUGUGAAAGAUGAGACGGCGGGUGCCCUACACAGAGGCGAGGAAACCCGGCGCUGCAAUGCUCACCGCGCCGCGAGGCCCGCAAUGGGAAGAUCCCAGAAAGGUUCCACCCUCGCGACACUGACACUUGCCGUAGGGUUUGCUGGUGGUAGUGGCCACGGUCGCCAGAAGAAGCAACAGCAAAGGCAGCAACAACAACAACUGCCCCCACAACACACGGGGGGGAAGAAACAAAAGAAGCAACAAAAGUGGAAGGCGAAUAAGUACCGUGGUCGCGGCGGCGGUGGAAAAGAUGGCCCGGCGCAGGGUAGAAAAGACGCAGUGGGUCCCCCGGAGCCAAUGGGGUCCAAUGGGACCGUCGCUGAAGAUCCUGGUGUGGCGAAGCAAACCGGUGACAAUUCGUUUCACAAAAAAACGGCCGCCGAAUUGGGGCUGUUCCAGCAGCAGCAGCAGCAACAGCAUCAAAAUCCCUACUCAUCACAGGCUGGCCAACAGUUGCAACAUUCAACAUCACAAGUGCAGACGGUGCCGUCGUCCGUGGCGUCACAAGGUUAUCCGGGACAGGAGCUGACAAAAGCGAGUUCUUCCCAGCAGCAGCAGCCGCAGCAACAGCAGCAGCAGCAGAAAGGCAAACACUCGAAACAGCAGAACCUCAGCCCGAUGGGGCUCCGCAACAAGCGGCUCCAGUCGGUGUCCAAGUACUUUUUGCCGGACAAGCGCCCGCGCAAGGAUUGCAUCGUCCCGCCGACCAAGUUUCUGCUCGGUGGCAACAUUUCCGAUCCGCUCAACCUGAACAGUUUGCAGAACGAGUCGGAGAAUGCGGUCACGCCAAAGUCUUCGCCCAUUCCGACGCCACCACACUACAAGGCCAAGAUCGAGGUGAUCAUUCCGCCCAACAUCAACGAUCCGCUGCAUCUGCUCGAUCCGGUCGACUCGGUGGAGUACGAGAUGCAACUGUGCUCACCGAUGAAGCGAAAACAGCGGCCGCGUAACAAGCGCAAGCGCAAGUCACGCACCGCCGCGGAGCAACGCAACGUGACCGGUGACGGAAGCUUGCUGGUGAUCGACCAGCUGCCUCCACCCGGUGCGGAGCUUGCGAGUGCCACCGGUGCGAGUGCUAGCGGGGCCGGUGGCAGCACCGGUACGGGCAGUAGUGGUGGUGGUGGCGAAGUAGAGGCAACCACUGCCGAGGAGGCAUCGUUCACGGGAAUCGGUCAAAAGUUCGCCGAAGUCACAUCGGCAUCGUGCCCGUCCUCCUUGCAGCAGCAGUACCACUUUCUGCACCAACAAACGCACCAGCAAUCGGGAGGGACGCAUUUGCUCCUGACAAGCAGCGGGACGGUGGCCACCGUCGGUCCCAAUGGAGGUGGUGCGAUCGUUGGUGGUGGUGGUGGUGGGGCGUCUGGGUCGAGCGUUGGGCCCGUUAGUGGCAACCUGGGGCCAACUGGAACCACGCAAAGCGAGCUGACGUCGGAACGUGAGCGUGAGAAGGCGAUGCGUAACCUGAAGCUCGAUCUGGAAGCGGCCGGUGGCCGCAAGCGGCGCACGAGCGAGAGCACAAACAGUACGAAGAACAAGGUGCGUCGAAUGGACUCGAUGGACAAGAUAGUCAGCCCGGUCAUACCGCAGCCGGGUGGCUGGAAGCGUGUGCACUGGCCAGCGAAUGCCGGGGGCAGUGGAGCGGCCGGCGGCGCUGGGAGAAACCGCACACGAACCUAUUCUUCUGCCUCGAAUGCCGACGAACAGCACUGCCCGCCGUCGGCACUGGGAGAGGAGCCUGUUCCGGGGGCGACUGAACGCCGGGAAGACGGCGGUGCGGGACAAGAGCAUUUGCGUCAACAAUCGGACAAUCGCGUCGAAGCCUCUGUUGUGAGCCACUCCGACGAAACGGUGGCGACCGGUGGCGUAAUCCGGCCGCAGAGCGACGCCCAUUCGUUGGAGGCGCAGCGCAGCAGCGUCGGAGACGGCACAAAGCAGGAUUUGCAGUCGCAGAGUUUGCCGGCCACGGAACAGGAAAAGAUGGAUAUUUCUGCUCCUGGCGCUGCGAUCAGUGCGCGCUCGCUGACGGACUUGGCCCUCUCGAACCGAUAUCACUAUGGUAACUAUGAUCGUUACUAUGGAUACCACAGUUUGAACGAGUUCAUCGACGUACGGCUAAAGGUGUUUCUGCGCAAUCCGUACCUCUUCCGGGACAAGGACGUGCUGGACAUUGGUUGCAACGUGGGCCUGAUGACGAUCGCUGUGGCCAAGAUGCUGCACACGAAAUCGGCCACCGGAAUCGACGUAGACGGUAAGCUGAUUGCGAAGGCACGCAAAAACUUGGCCAACUAUGUUCGAGUGCCGCGAAAGGUAUCGAGCGGUCGACGGAGCGCUACGGUCACAUCGGGAACGCUGCUGCUGCAAGCUGCGGAAGUUAAAGAGCAACCCAAAACACACGUGACCAGCGGGCAGAAGGUGGAGGAGGCAGCAUCAGAGCAGCAGCAGCAAACCUCGGAAAGCACGACGACACCAGUAGCACCCGGCACGGCCCCUUUGCCCGAUGGGGCGGCUAGUCAUUUGCUGGACGGAGCAGCGGCAGCAAGCGAUAUCGACACUUUGCCGAUCGCAACCGCCGUGGACUGUGGCAGCGCCACAGCAGAACCACAGGAUAACGGCGCACGGAGGCAACCUCAGGAGCACGUCGACCAGCGGGAAGGUUCGCCGGAACCGCAAGAGCACAAACAAUCGUAUAAACAAAGGCUCGCACAACGGUUGCAAAGGCUAAAGCAAAAGCGACGUCGAAAACAGUUCUCGGCAAGGCCAGGUCGCGCUCUCCGACAUGGCCACCACGGUGGGCACUGUGGUGGCCGGGGGAAGGGAGCCGACCACUCGCAGUACUUUCCCAUCUCGUUUCCCCUGACGAUGGGCAAUCUCAGCGGCAAGGAGCACCAGAUGGACAUCGGAAGGCCGGAACACAAAUUCCCGCACAACGUUCGAUUCAAGAUGAUGAACUACGUCGUGAAGGAAGAAUCGCUGAUCAACUACGACACGCAGCAGUACGAUCUGAUCCUGUGCCUUUCGGUCACGAAGUGGAUCCAUCUGAACUACGGUGACGCGGGCUUGAAAAUCGCCUUCAAGCGCAUGUUCAACCACUUGCGCCCGGGCGGAAAGCUCAUUCUCGAAGCACAGAACUGGGCCAGCUACAAGAAAAAGAAGAAGCUUACGGAAACUAUUUUCGAAAACUACAAAAACAUCGAGUUCUUUCCGUGCCGCUUCCACGACUACCUACUGAGCCCGGAGGUAGGCUUUAGCCACAGCUAUCCCCUGGGCAUCCCGCGCCACCUGAGCAAGGGUUUCCGGAGGCCAAUUCAGCUUUACAUUAAAGGUGAUUUCACGCCAUCGCAGGCCAAGUGGAGCGACACGUAUCAUCCGGGAACGCCGUACGAGAAUCAUCGGGGUAUCUACACGGACAUCGUCACCGGUUCGCAGACGGCCGCCAACUGCAUCUGGGGUGCGAUGACGCCGUACGCCCCCAGUUACAGCUACCGGCAGCCCCCGACACCGUCACAUGGGGGCAGCGGUGGUGGUAGUGGCGGCGGCGGCAAUGGCUUUGCGGCCACCUCGCCCUACUACAACCCACGGCAAACGGACAGCUAUCUGCCGAGCUACGAUAACUACGGCAAUGGCUACCGUGCCGGAAGCUACUGCUUUGCGUCACCGCUCUACUCCACCACCUGGUCUCCGCCGUCCGACAUGUUGGCGACGAGCGGUGGUGGUGGCGGCUCGUACCGUCGGUCCGCUUCCAAUACCCCCACCUCGGGCAGCAUCCGGAGCACGGACAAUGACGAGCAUUACUACGCGGGAACGGCGGGAGGCAGCCAACGACGCCACCACGUGUACCCGCCGAUCGAUGUUUUCCAACCGCUGCUCGGGCAGGAGCACAUGCGCUCGGGCAGUGGCUUCCGCGGCAACGGGGCCGGUGCCAUGACCGAUUCCGACUCGGAGCUCUCGUCGAACUCGGCUUCCCAGACGCCGACUCGGCAGCAGCAGUUGGCCGGCAGCUUUCUGCUCGACGAUCAAUCGAAUUCACCGAGCGGUCACUCGCAGCCGGAUAAAUAGUGCGUGCGUGUCCGUGCGUAUUUCGGAAGCAUCUCGUCUGACGCUUCGUUGGCCAAAUAGUACAGAUUUCAUUCAGUAUCGUUCCCCGUUUCCCUCUGUCCUAUGGCACAGUAUUGCCACGUAGCGGGCACUAGCUUUGGAUCCCGUUUCACGACCCCUGACCCUGUUUAACAACAAUGUGUGAUGCAAAGUAUUUUUAUCCUAUCCCCGAUUCUAUUUGUUAGCUGCGGCACCAUUUUAGUUCCGAUUGUAGGGCAUUCUUGCUCCAGGAUGGGGCUCCGAGCAUGUUACUUUUGUUUUCAGUAGUUACGUAUAGCUGCUUUCCAUUAACUGCUACGCGCGCGCAAGUGGUAAUCUUAGGUAAUUAUUCGUGGGCCGAGUGAGUUUGACAAUUGUAAAUUGUAAUACGACACACACACACGCACUGAAAUGUCACUUUCGAAUUGUAAGAGUGAUACCGAGCGAUUAAAUAC